AUGGGCUGCUGGAGAUGGUGUUACCGGACCUGUGUGUGCUGCCUGACGGAGGAGGAGAGGACGGCAAUAUAUCUAGACAAAGAGAUCAUGAAACAAAUCGAAGUACAGAAAAAAAGAGAACGCGGAGAAAUAAAAAUACUGCUGCUAGGAACUGGCGAAAGCGGGAAAACCACUUUUAUUAAGCAGAUGAGGAUUAUCCAUGGAAAAGGCUAUUCCGAGGAAGACAGACGAGCCUUCACUAAACUCGUGUUCCAGAACAUUUUCACAGCUAUCAAGGCAAUGACGGCAGCCAUGACCAAUCUGAAAAUCCCCUAUGCCAACCCACAAAACGAGAUGUAUGCUCAGUGGUUCCGUGACGUGGACGUGCAUCAGCCGGCCGAGUUGGAGCGAUCCCACGUGGACGCCAUCCGCCGUCUCUGGGCAGACUCCGGGAUGAAGGUUUGCUACAGCCGCAGGCGGGAAUACCAGCUGCUGGACUCCACGGAAUACUUUAUGAACAACCUGGACAGAAUAGCAGCUCCUAACUACGUGCCCACUCCUCAGGACGUGCUUCGGGUUCGAUUCCCAACUACAGGCAUCAAUGACUACUCCUUCACUGUAUCGAACAUCACUCUCAGGAUUGUGGAUGUGGGUGGGCAGAAAUCGGAGAGGCGUAAGUGGAUCCACUGUUUUGAGUCCGUGACUUCACUAAUAUUCCUGGCCUCCCUCAGCGAGUAUGACCAGCUUCUGGAGGAGAACAACAUGGAUAACCGUAUGGAGGAGAGCUUGUCGCUGUUCUACACCACAAUCCACUCCAUCUGGUUCCAGAACUCAUCCAUUAUCCUCUUCCUUAACAAGAUGGACAUCCUGGCAGAGAAAAUUGCCACUUCCGACCUGCAAACGUACUUCCCUGGAUUUACAGGCAGGAGACGAGAUCCCCAGGAGGCCAUGAAUUUCAUAAAGGACAUGUACCUGCAGCAGGCGGUGAACCGGGAGAACCGGGAGAAGAAAGAGAACAAAUACGUUUACACUCACUUCACCUGCGCCACGGACACCAACAACAUCCGCAAGGUCUUCAGCGAUGUCAAGGAUACCGUGCUCAUCAAGGCGCUUCACGAAUACGGUGUUCUGUGA